AUGGCGUCGUCGCUGGACGCGCCCAACCUCGACGAUUACCUCACCGCGGACUCGCUCCCGCAGGAACCCCCGAGGAGUCUCACCCUGCGCGAUCUGCUGGACAUCUCGCCAGUGCUCACCGAGGCCGCGGGCGCCAUCGUCGAUGAUUCAUUCACACGUUGCUUUAAGUCAAAUUCUCCGGAGCCAUGGAACUGGAACAUCUAUUUGUUCCCAUUAUGGUGCUUGGGAGCAGUCAUAAGAUAUGGACUACUGUUUCCGCUAAGGUUCUUAACACUUAUACUAGGAUGGAUGGCCUUCUUUACUGCCUUUUUUCCUGUGCGUUUCCUAAUGAACGGGAAAAAUAGGCUAAAAAGUAAAAUAGAGAGAAAGCUGGUUGAAAUGAUGUGCAGUGUUUUUGUUGCUUCUUGGACUGGAGUGAUCAAGUACCAUGGACCACGCCCAAGCUCACGCCCUUAUCAGGUAUUUGUUGCAAACCAUACAUCGAUGAUAGAUUUUAUUAUUCUGGAGCAGAUGACAGCAUUUGCUGUCAUCAUGCAAAAGCAUCCUGGAUGGGUUGGAUUUAUUCAGAAGACUAUUCUGGAAAGUGUGGGUUGCAUCUGGUUUAACCGUAAUGAUCUCAAGGAUCGUGAAGUAGUUGGAAGAAAGUUACGUGAUCAUGUUCAGCAUCCAGACAACAAUCCUCUCUUGAUUUUCCCAGAAGGAACUUGUGUUAAUAAUCAGUACACUGUGAUGUUCAAGAAGGGUGCUUUUGAGCUUGGCUGUGCUGUAUGUCCAAUAGCUAUCAAAUAUAAUAAAAUAUUUGUUGACGCCUUCUGGAAUAGUAAGAAGCAAUCUUUUACAAUGCAUUUGGUUCGUCUUAUGACAUCAUGGGCUGUUGUUUGUGAUGUUUGGUUCUUGGAACCUCAGUAUCUCAGGGAAGGGGAGACAGCGAUAGAAUUUACUGAAAGAGUGAGGGAUAUGAUAGCUGCUCGGGCUGGUCUUAAGAAGGUUCCAUGGGAUGGCUAUCUGAAACAUAACCGCCCUAGCCCCAAACAUACCGAGGAAAUCUGUGCUGAGGAGACUAGAGGAAAACUAAAUAGCUAUCAAUCAACUCAGGUUCUCCUGGUUAGUUGA